AUGGACUUGAAGAAUGCUGCCCAGGCUGCUCAUUCUUUGUUCUGUCUUUGGCACCUUAUCCCAUGGAUGCAUCUCUACCAUCUCGGUGUCAGAGCCUACUGUUAACACAACUACCUCAACGACUACGACAACAACUUCGGAGCCGGACAACACAACAACCACCACGACGACAGCGGCAACAACUACUACUACGCUAUCAACCACUACGACUACUGUCACUACCACGACUACUACUCUUGCACCAGGUGAGCACAACUCGUGGUAAUGGUAUAAUGUGCUGGAAAUCUAUCCGUUCCAGGCUGCUGCAGUUAUCCAAUAACAUCGACUCUUAUCAACAAUGCGGAUCCUAA